AUGUCUAAAAGAAAAAUUUACGUCUCUUCAUCUGUAUCUAAUAACACCGGAAUGGAAAACAUUUCAAGCGAUGCUACAACUUUUCUACCUACUAAUCCAACCUCCAAUGUUACAUCUGCUGUUAUCCCCAUUGUUACUCAAGAUCAGGCAAAACAGAGUCAGAAAAUAAGGAAAUUAUUAUUGGAUAACAAGAGGUGUAAUUUACAUGGAUGUCCAUCAGAAUCUGUCAAUACUAAUGUCACAACCAAUGAUUCGAUAAUAAUUCCGUCUGCCAAGUCAACUCCAAAUGGCAUCGCUAAUGUUACAGCAACCCCACCAUUCAUUCCAAGAACUGUUAUCCCCAGUUUUACUCAAGAUCAUGAAAAACAGAGUCGGAAAAUAAGGAAAUUAAUAUUGGAUAACAAGAGGUGUAACUUACAUGGAUGUCCAUCAGAUUCUGUCAAUACUAAUGCUACAACAAAUGAUUCGAUAAAUACUCCUGAUAACAGCCAAUUAAGGGAAGUAAUUUUGGAUAAUAAAAAAUCUGAUACGACACCCAUCAUAUCAUACACCAAUAUAAAUUUACCGACUUCUUCUCCAACUGAGUCAACUCCAAAUGUCAUCGCUAAUGUUACAGCAACCACACCAUUCAUGCCAAGUAAUGUUAGUUGUAUUACGAACAAUGUCACUCAACCAACAGACUGUACUCCGGGUCAUAUUUCUUUUAACCUGACAUCAUUCACCGGCUCUUCCAGUAUGCUUCGAAAUUCAUCUUUGGAAAGGUUGUCAUCCGGAAAACGAAAGUUAAUUAGCACACCACGAAUUACAUCUCCAAUACCAAUUAUGGAUUUCAAUACAGAGGAAAUCAUAGAUCAAGAUCCAUUCAAGGGUCUUUCAAAAGAUUAUUUGGAUCAUGGUGACCAAUGUGUUACCUGUGAAGUAUGUAAUGCAAAGUUAUGGAAUGCAGAAAAAGGAAGAGGAAGAAGAAAGGAUGGAAAAAUGUGUUAUUUCUUAUGUUGUUCUUACGGCAUAGUAGAGCUUCCAGAUUACAAAGAUGCCAGAGGAAGUUAUCGGAUCCUAUUUAGUAACAAAAAUAAGGAAAGCAAGCACUUUUUGAAAAGUAUUCGCCGUUACAAUUCCAUGUUCGCAUUUACUUCAAUGGGUGGUAAGGUUGACUCAACAGUUAACAGAGGCAAUGCUCCUUUUUGCUUUAGAAUUAGUGGAGAAAAUUAUCAUACAAUUGGAAGUCUUAUGCCAAACAACGGAGCGCAACCAAAAUUUUGCCAACUAUACAUAUACGAUACUGAGAACGAACUUUCAAACAGGCAAGCGAUAUUUAGUCGUUCAGAGGAUGCAUCGUCUUCUUAUUCUGCUACUCUUGACCGUAAGUUAAUAGAACAUAUAAAAGAUGUUUUAGAUAACGACAAUGAGUUGGUCAAAACUUACAGAAGAGUUAGGGAUUCUCUUCAAGACAGCCCUCAUGUAAAUUUGAAGCUUCGCCUAAUCGGAACAAGAGAAAAAGAUGGUCGGACGUAUAACUUACCAACGGCGGGUGAGAUUGCCGCUCUCAUUGUUGGAGAUAUUGAAAAUGUAAUUGACAAUAGAGAUAUUGUUGUUGAGACUCAAACUGGUACACUGAAGAGAAUUAGUGAGUUGCAUCCGUCAUAUCUCGCACUACAGUAUCCGAUUUUGUUUCCGUACGGAGAUGAUGGCUACAGAAUUGAUAUCCCUCACAGAGGUGUCAUUGAUGUUGUUAAUAAGAAACGUACAAAUUGUACUAUGAGAGAGUUCUUUGCUUAUCGUAUGCAGGAUCGGAGAAAUCAGUUUUCGUUAAUCUUGAAUUCUAAGAGGCUAUUCCAGCAGUUCUUGGUUGAUGCUUAUACUAUGAUAGAGAGCGAGAGACUUAGCUAUAUACGAUAUCAACAGAAAGAUCUUAGGUCUGACACAUAUGAAAGCCUCCGUAAAUUAAAAACACACGGUCAAGAUGAUAUAUCUAAGGCUGGAAAACAUAUCUUCUUGCCAUCUUCUUUUACUGGUGGAGCACGAUAUAUGAUGCAAAACUAUUUAGACGCUAUGGCUCUGUGUAAAUGCUUUGGUUAUCCGGAUUUUUUUAUAACCAUAACAUGCAAUCCCAAAUGGCCAGAAGUUCAACGCUUUCUCAAAGACACCAAUCUCAGUCCGGAAGAUAGGCCUGAUAUCCUUUCCAGACUGUUCAAAAUUAAGCUUGAUUCAAUUUGCAAAGAUUUAAAAAAGAAUCAUCUAUUUGGCAAAGCUUCAGCAGUUGUUUACACAAUCGAGUUUCAAAAACGUGGUUUGCCUCAUGCCCAUUUAUGCUUAUUCAUGGAGCCUGAAUCGAAAUUACCUACGGUGGACCAUGUUGAUGCAUUUAUAUGCGCAGAAAUACCAGACAGAAAUCAAGAUCCAGAAUUAUUCAUGCUUGUGAAAGAAUAUAUGAUACACGGUCCAUGUGGUAAUGCUAGGUUGAGCUCUCCAUGUAUGGUUGAUAGGAAGUGUUCAAAAGGAUUUCCCAAAGACUUUCAAGAUCAUACUACACUAGAUUCAAACGGGUUUCCAUUAUACAGAAGGAGAAACAAUGGCGCUUUUGUUGUGAAAAAUAUAAUUGACCUUGAUAACAGAAGUGUAGUACCGUACAACAAAAAAUUAUUGAAAAGGUAUCAAGCUCAUAUAAAUGUUGAAUGGUGCAAUCAGGCCGCUUCGAUAAAGUAUCUGUUUAAAUACAUUAAUAAAGGGCCUGAUAGAGCCACUAUAGCUGUUGUGCAAAGCGAUAAUCAAUCUGAAGAACAAGUACAAGACGAGAUAAAAGAGUAUUACGAUUGUCGGUAUAUAUCAGCUUGCGAAGCAUCUUGGAGGAUAUUUGCCAAUGAAGUACAUUAUAGAAGACCUUCUGUUAUGAGGCUUCCGUUCCAUCUACCUGGCCAACAACCUGUUGUUUUCGGCCCUGACGAGGAUAUUAACUAUGUUAUAAACAAACCAUCUGUUAAAUCUUCAAUGUUUCUCUCAUGGAUGGAACGGAAUAAAGACCCAAAUGACACGUUGGCCCGUACACUUACAUAUGUUCAGUUCCCCAAUUUUUAUGUUUGGAAGCUUGAUAAGCGAGUCUGGGAACCUAGACAAAGGAAAACAGCAAUUGGCAGGAUUCAUUCCGUCCCUCCGUCACUAGUUAAUGGUCAUGUUUACGAUACAUAUAGAGAUGCUUGCUACGCGCUCGGUCUUUUGGAUGAAGACUCCGAGUAUGUGGAGGCAAUAAAGGAAGCAAGUUUAUCAGGAAGCGCUUCAUAUAUUCGUAAUUUAUUUUGUACCAUGUUGUUAUCCGGUAGUCUUUCUAGACCUGAGGUUGUUUGGGAAAGUUCAUGGAAAUACAUGACAGACGAUUUUUUAUAUAGACUUCAAAAAUACCAUCGAGUUACAGCGUUAUCAAUUCCGGAGCACCAACUGAAAAACUAUGCUUUGUGCGAGAUUGAGAAGUUUUUACUGCGAAAUUAUUCAUCCUUGCGAAGAUUUCAAACAAUGCCAUUUCCAAAUAUGUCGUCUUCAGGUAGUUCAGAUAGUCGUUUGAUAUACGAGGAGCGGGCCUAUGAUACAACACACCUUGGAAAUCUUUACGAUAGUCAGUUGACAAUGUUAACUGAUGAACAACGCUCUGUGUUUGAAGAAAUUAUGGCAGCAGUUAAUGGUGAUAACGGUGGGAUUUUUUUCCUUUACGGCUAUGGUGGAACAGGUAAAACAUUUCUAUGGAAGACAUUGUCCGCUGCAAUUAGAUCAAAAGGUCAAAUCGUCUUAAAUGUUGCUUCAAGUGGAAUUGCAUCGUUGUUGUUAGAUGGUGGCAGGACUGCACAUUCCAGGUUUAACAUACCUUUGAAUCUUACUGAAGACUCUGUAUGUAAUAUAAAACCAGAAAGUGACGUGUCUAAAUUACUGCAUGAGACGAAAUUAAUAAUUUGGGAUGAAGCACCUAUGGUACACAAACAUGCAUUCGAAGCGCUGGAUAGAACAAUGAAUGACGUUUUCAACAUCGACCCAUCUCUCAAUUCAGACAUCUGGUUUGGAGGUAAGGUAAUUGUUUUUGGUGGCGAUUUUAGACAAAUAUUACCUGUCGUUCCAAACGGUGGAAGACAAGAGAUUGUUAAUGCCUCCUUAUGUUCGUCUUACUUGUGGAGUAAAUGUAAAUUGCUAAGAUUAACAAGAAACAUGAGGUUAACCGUUGGAAGGUCGACGGCAGAUAUUGAAGAAAUAAACAGUUUUGCCAAAUGGCUUUUGGAUUUGGGUGAGGGUAAUGUUGGUGGUCCAAAUGAUGGGGAAGCAACUAUUCAAAUACCACAAGAUCUUCUGAUUACUGAUGAAUCUGACCCAAUUGCAAGUUUAAUUGAUUUUGUUUAUCCAUCAAUCUUGCAAAACAUCAAGAACCAUAAUUAUUUCAGUGAGCGCGCUAUACUUGCACCGAAGAAUGAUGUUGUGCAUGAGAUUAAUGACAGGUUGCUAUCAAUGUUUCCUGGUGAAGAAAGAGAGUAUCUUAGCUCUGACAGUCUUUGUCCGACCGAAGAUGUAAAUGCUACACAACAAAGAAUAUACUCUCCGGAUGUGCUCAAUGGUCUUAAAAUAUCAGGCUUACCAAAUCAUAGGUUGGUGCUAAAAGUUGGUGUUCCAGUAAUGUUAUUACGAAAUAUUGACCAACGGAAUGGGUUGUGCAACGGUACAAGGCUACAAGUAAAAAAGUUGUACAACCGUGUAAUAGAAGCCGAGAUAAUAUCUGGUGCAAAUAUUGGUACUUCUACAUAUAUACCUCGAAUUAAUUUGAUUCCUUCUGAUAAAAAGAUUCCUUUUGCUUUUCAAAUGAGGCAAUUUCCACUUGCCGGUGAAAACAAGAGAUAG